CUUUCCUCACCGCCCUCCUCUGCCUCUCUAUCCUCUCACCGCUCGCACAGCCGGGUGGGCAGAUUGCAUAGUGCAGACAGAAUACGACACGAACACCACCACCCAUCCACCUACCAAGACUUCCGCGGAAACUAGACACACGCGGUCGGGAUGGAUUACGACCGCUACGAUGCCUUUCUGCACCACAUCUUCAAGGAGACCCAGGGUGACGCGUGGUUCCGUCCCAACGAGGACAACCUCAGCGCCGGUGUCGCCCUCCGUGUCGACAAUGGCCCCGAAUUUCGUGUCUUUCCCUAUGAGAAUCUCGCACUCGAGCCCUUCGAGGCUGCCGUCAGCGCCCUCAAUCCCGCCGUCGCCGUCAAGGUUCGCAGCGCCGCCGUCCAUGCGGCCCUGGCUGAGGUUGGCCCAGACGACCGGUCAAUCUACGUCGACGCCAACACUCGCAUCCAGAUCAUCGAGACGAUGAUGGACCUCCCUGCAGCAGACAAGGAACAAAGCGCUGCGUUCGUCCGCGACGAGCGAGUGCUGGUCGUGUGGUCCGACUCGAUCGACACCAUCAUCCCGACCUGCCACGAGUUCGAGGAGCGGCUCAUCAAGCUCCUCUGGCGAUCAAGACCAACCGCGGGCAGCCAAGCUGCUAGUGCAAGUAGUCAUCCGGCGAGUAUCAUCAAUGGCUCGAUCUCGGGACACUCACUCAACCCAGUCAACUCGCGGCUAUCGGGACGCAUGCCUGGCACACCGCGCGGCAUGGGUCGAAUGUCAUUGGAGAUGACGGCACAGGACCUCGAAAAGGGCGGGCUGACCAGCAACGAGCCGAAGACGAAGACAAUACGGACGUGGUACGGCAAGAAGAAGACGAUCAUCAUCGAGCCGGAGAUGGCGGAGCUCGAGGAGCUCGCAUCCCAGAAGCGCGUCGCGGUGCUGUAUGCGCCGGUGUAUAACGGUGCGGCGGCGGGCCUCGCGAUCUAUUUCAUGGGUACAGGUGUCAAGACGCUGCUGGACGAGUCGGCUUUGGAUGGCACGUACAUCCGCUUUGCACUAUGUGUGCUCAUCCCCUUCCUUUGGUCCGUCUCGCUCUUCUUCGCGCUGCAAAUCAUACAGAACGUGUCGAUGGCGAUUGGCCCGAUUGCGCAGUACCAUGAAAACUCGAAGUACUACUCUGCGAUCAAGCCAAGGCCGAACAAGCUGGUGGACAACAACCUUCCACAUAUUACGAUUCAAAUGCCGGUAUACAAGGAGAGUUUGGACACUGUGUUGGCACCUUCGAUUGAAUCUAUCAAAAAGUCUAUGCAAACAUAUGCUCGUCAGGGCGGUACGUCGACAAUCUUCCUGAACGAUGACGGUCUCCGGCUUCUCCCGGUCGAGGAGCGCGACGCGCGCAUCGCUUACUAUGCAAACCAUGGUAUCGGUUGGGUCGCACGCCCGAAGCAUGACGAGUCGGCCGACGGCUUCAAGCGUCGCGGGCGUUUCAAGAAGGCGUCGAACAUGAACUACGGGCUGAAGCUGUCGCUGCUGGCGGAGAAGCACCUCGAGCUUCUGCUCGCGCAGGAGAAGGAGCGCGGGCCGCGGACGCCCCGGCCGAGCUCGAUGGGUGAUGAUCAUCGGUAUGGGAUGCAGUACCAGCACCAGGACGGCGGGAACGCAAGCGUGGUAAACGUCGGCGGUGAGGACGAAGAGAAGCCCGCGUCAGACGACUGGGAGCUCGAAGAGAAGGCAUUGCAGCUGGCGAUUGACGACGUGUACGAAUCAAGCGGACGCCGGUUCCGGCCGUGGGCAGCAAAUGGCCGCGCUUGCCGUGUUGGCGAGAUCAUCCUGAUUGUCGACUCGGACACGAUCGUGCCAGAGGAUUGUCUCAGGGACGCUGCACGCGAGAUGGCCGAGUGCCCGGAUGUCGGUGUUAUUCAGCACGAGUCGGACGUCAUGCAGGUUGCGCAUCACUACUGGGAGAACGGUAUUGCGUACUUCACGCGGCGUAUCAACAAGUGUAUCUCGUACGCCUGCGCUAACGGUGAGGUCGCGCCGUUCGUAGGCCACAAUGCCUUCUUGCGGUGGCGUGCGGUUCAGGACGCGACAUUCAUGGAUCCCUUCGACGGCGAGGAGAAGUUCUGGUCCGAAUCGAACGUGUCUGAGGACUUCGAUAUGGCAAUGCGGCUAAUUCAGCGCGGGUACACGAUCCGGUGGGCGACGUACUCGCUCGGCGGGUUCAAGGAGGGUGUGUCGCUGACGUGUGACGACGAGCUGAACCGGUGGCAGAAGUAUGCGUACGGCUGUAACGAGCUGCUGUUCAACCCGAUCGCGCAGUGGUGGCGCAAGGGCCCGAUUGCGAAGGAGAUACACAGGUUUGUCUGGUCAGGCGCGCCGCUGCACUACAAGAUCUCGAGUUUGGCGUACAUGUUCUCGUACUACGGUAUCGCAUGCUCGAUCACGAUCACUCUCAUCAACUACUGCCUGCUGGGCUGGGAGAUUCCGAUUGAUAACUAUUAUAUGCACAGUUUCGAGAUUUGGCUUGCGGUCACGGUCGUCUUCACCGGCUCUGGCAACGUCGGGUUCAGUUUGCUGCAGUACCGUCUCGGCGAGGUGUCUUUGAUCCGCUCGUUCGCGACCAACAUCAUGUGGAUUCCGUUCUUCUUCUUCUUCUUCGGUGGCCUCUCGAUCCCCCUUACGCAGGCUAUCCUCGCGCAUCUGUUCUCGUACAACAUCCAGUGGGGUGCUACGAUCAAGGAAGUGCAGCGCUCGAACUUCUUCGAGGAGAUUCCGAAGAUUUUGAAGCGGUUCUGGUUGCCGUGGCUCUUUUGCAUUGCCGUCGCCGUUGGCAUGAUCAUCCUCUCGACGGACCUUGUCCCAGUCGCAUGGCAGAUCAACGGGUCCGCGUGGGCAGUCAUCUUCCCGUUGGCCGUCGUCAUUGGAUGCCACAUCUUGUUCCCGAUCGUGCUCAACCCAUGGUUGAUGGUCUUCUCGUACUGAUCGCGGAGCUGGCAUCCACAGUUCAGGGCGAGCCCCGAAUUUUUGUCCAUAUACCUCUGGCGAUUAUACCAUAGUGGACAUGGACAGCUAACUGACUCUGGACUCUCCUCCCCUUCCCCCCACCCUCUUUUGUUGUGUGUACUGCUGCAGUACCGUCCAUUCCUUUUACUCUGGGCGCCGCGCAUGCCCACUUAUUUUGCGUACAAUUGCUCAUCUAGUCCCGCGAGUCCUCCUAGUUUGUACAUGCUUCGCGCUAGUCGUUUUUAUUCGAGUGUAACGGACCAAACACACCGCUCCCCUAGUGCGUACUACUG